UGGUGGUUAUUAAUACCUUCACUGCCCACUACUUCAGCCAUAUCAUCUCAGCUCCUCACAAAUAGUGAUUGGUGAGUAGAAGAUGGAGAUAGGAAUGCUAUCCUCCUUUCUUGUCCUACUACUUGUAAUGCUGUCUCAUGUGGAUGCUAGGCUUGGGGUCGAGUCCAAGUUUAUGGAUCAAGGAAACAAGCUUUCUUCUAUGGAAGGCCAGUCACCAAAUUCCAUUUGUAAUUCAUGCCUCGAGGCUUCAAGAAAAGCUGAGAAAGCCUUGAGUGAUCCAAAUCUGUUUGGGUAUGCUGAUUUGCUGUCAAGUGAAGUUUGCCAUAUUCUGCCUUCUGAUCUCAAAUCUAAGUGUCUACAAAAGUCAGAAGCAUACAUGCAUCGAACUAGGUUGUCUUUGCAAGACCUUUUCAAUGAAGAAAGUCUCUGCAACAGCACAGGGUUAUGUUUGGAUGAAUCCAUGCUUCAAACUGAUAACAGUCUCAUUUUUUUAAACAAGUUUUCUCCUGAGACAGACGAGAAAACUUGUUUAGCAUGCCGCAAAGCUGUCAAAGAUCUUUUCAUUCAAUUAAAGAUGCCCAAAAUGAGGAUGAAGAUAAUGGAGACUCUUAUCGAGUACUGCGAAGAAGCAGACGAGAAUGAAGAACAGUGCAAGCAAAUGGUCUACAAGUAUGUUCCUCUAAUCCUGUCAAAACUUGACAAGCUGAAAACCAAUGACUUGUGCCGUCUGAUGAAUCUCUGUGAUGAGGGGAUAUCUCUGUUAAAUGCCCGCUAAGUCAGCUAAGAAUUUGGUAGCUUUAUUUCUGUUGGAUAUGUUCAAAAUAACCAAGCAAGGGGGACACUCUGGACCGGGAGUAUUGCAUAAUGUUAUGUUCACACAUCCUGUCUCCAUCAUUGCUGGGAUUGUUGUGAUCAGCCAUGCGUUUUAGCUUUCAUUUCUGAAAAAUAGAUGUAUACUCUUCUUUUGGUACGAAAAUUGUCUAAUGAACAUCAGAAAUGUUUGGCUACAGUAGGG